GAGAAAACGUGAGAAACUUCUCCACGCUCUCUCUCUCUCUAAACUCAAAAUAUUAUACACAAUCGAAAGAACCGCUCCCUCCCCCUCUCGCCAAAAACACAAGCAUUUUCGUUUUCCUACGUUCACCACAGCGCCUUCACCGAAGUGGAUACCAUACAUUUAGGGUCCUUGUGUGGGUUAUUCUUACUGGUGGUGGAUAGAAUUAUCACAAUGCCUCUAUUGAAAAGAAAGCCUUUUUCCUUGGCCGAGCCACCUAAGGAUUUGGAGCCUCAUGAGCUUGUUUACCAAGUUCGUUUCACGAAAGAGAUAUUUCAGGAUUAUCUGGAAUAUUUGAACCGUAUAAAUCUGUAUCGCCGGAGAGUUUGGGCUUGCAAAGUCACUGGGAAAGUUAGCUUGACUUAUGAGGAGGCUUUGGUGUCAGAAAAGCGGGCAGCAGAGAAGGUUCAGCAGUUUCCCAAAGAGCUUAUGGCACCUGCACUACACGUUAUCCAAUACAGUAUGCUGUCAUUGAAAGAUCUUGCUCAUGCAAUAGCUGAAAAGUUGCAGGAACGCUUGUUUGUAGGCGCUGAAUUGUAUGGAAGGAAGGACAAUGGUGUAUUUCUAUGCAAAAUAUCAAAAGUUCUAGAGGAAGCUCCUGACAAAAUCCAAUAUGAAGUGGCAUGGCUUGAUAAAAAUAAAAAAGUAAUGGAAAGGUCAUUGCUAAAUAGAGAAGAUUUGAUACACAAGAAGCUUCCCUUUAGUAGAAAUGUUUUGAAGUCUUUUAUUCGGGAAUCGACAUACCGAAGUGCUCCCUGGGUCCUUCAUGAUAAACUGGCACGAAAUCAUGGAAUUUCGACUGAUGCUCCUGAGGAGUUAAAGAAGAAAGUUUUCUUCAAGGAUGGACAAUUAGUUUGCAAUAAGAAGCGAAGGAAAAAUGAGGAAGAUAGAAAAAGUGACAUGGAAGUAAAAGACGAUUCUGGAAAAAAUAAAAGGAAGAAAAUAAAGGGUGAGAGAAUUGCAGAAGAUGAGCAACCAAUGGAAGAACCUACCAAAUAUCCAAUCGAUGACCUGUUGGUGCAGCCUUGUGCAGAUGAUCCUGUUUUCACCAACCGCCCUUCUCCGUCAAGGGACUUCAAUAUUCCAAUGGAUUGUCUUGGGGAGCUUAUAAUGGUUUGGGAUUUUUGUUCAUCAUUUGGUAGGCUGUUGCACUUGUGGCCAUUCUGUCUUGAAGAUUUUGAAAAUGCUAUCUGCCACAAGGACAGCAGUCUGAUUCUCCUUGUGGAAUCUCAUUCAGCUCUUCUCCGAUUGCUCAUAAAAGAUGAUGGUGAAUAUUUAUCGUCUGUACAGAAAAGAAAUCGAAAAUUAAAGAUUACGCUGAUCAAUUGGACGGAGUAUUUGUGCGAUUUUCUGGAAAUGAUCAAACUUCCUGAAUUAUGCACUUAUACAGCAACUAUUAAGCGGGGACAUUAUGGUCUUCUAGAUACUCAUGCUAAAUUGGGAAUCUUACGAGAAUUGGUUAACCAAGCACUUCAAACAGAUAUUUUUAGAGAGAAAUUGGAUGAGUUAAUUGAACAGCGGCAGGAACUUGGGGCCACAAGAAGGGGGGAGGCAUUAGAAGAAGCUAGAAAGAAACGGGAGGACAAGGAACAGUUGAAGGCUGAGUCUGAUGCCAAUGGAGUAAUGGAUCGAAAUGUUUUGGAGAGAAUAGGAGGUGUAGCGGCUAAUGAUGAUCACAGUAAACAAAACGGUCACAUAGAAAAGAAAAGAAAUGGGAAGGUCCUUUUAUCUCAGCAGGACAAUGCAUCGGAGAAUUGCGAGAGCAAGUUUGCAGACACCACAUGGAAGAAAAAGAUCAAGAAGCAGAAGCAGAAUUUAGAUGUGGAGGUCCCAGCAGAUAAUGGCAAAGAUUCAUCUAGGAAGGAUGGGUUGAAACAAUUGAAGGAUGAUAAAAAGGACGCAACUGAGAAAAAGAGUAAAGAACAGAGGAGAGAAUAUUAUGAGCGGGAAAUGGAGAAACGAGUGAUACACACCAGCUCGUUGGGUAGAGACAGAUUCUAUAACAGGUAUUGGUGGUUUCGUCGCGAUGGGAGGAUAUUUGUUGAGAGUUCUGACUCCAAGGAGUGGGGAUACUACAGUAGCAAGGAAGAGCUUGAUUUGUUGAUGGGUUCACUGAACGUCAAGGGUGAGAGAGAGAGGGCACUUAAAAAACAGCUGGAAAAAUUCUAUAGCAGAAUAUGCGCCGAGCUCCAAAAGAGAUCAAAGGACUUGUCUCACAAGAUUGCAUUGGAGGAGGCUAUCCUUCGAAGAUCUACUCGUGUACGGGCACCACCUAGGGAAAAUCCUGCUAAUGCUUUCCUUAGGUACGUCAACAAGUGGAAGGAAGACUAAUUGGGGUUUGAGUUUGGGCUUGGAAAUUAUAGUUCUAUUUAAUUUAGCUUAGUCAUUACUCACUGUAGGAUGAGUGAGGAUAUAGAGUUUUUUCUAUGACUCAAGAGGUACUUGCCCAUUAUUUUCUUUGGCGGGAAUUUGUUAGUAGGGGGGGCCAGUGAUGGAGUAGUGGCGUAGGGGACAUGGAAAGGAAAGGGGGGUGGUGAAGUUUUUCUUGACCCAUUCCUAAAUUUUGUAAAUGCCCUUUUUGGCUUUUGUUAUAUGAUGGCGAUUGGCGAAUGAUUACAACAUUCACAAGGAUGUUCUCUCUGUAAGACUCUUUAACAAAUGCUAAUUCAAAACUCGUCGUAAACUUUGCUAUUUCAAA